AUGUCGGACGUCAAAAUACACGAGCUAAGAAGUGACAUAGAUGAACUACAGGAGUUACUGAAGCAGGCCAAGCGUAAAAGGGUGCAGGAUAUAUUAUCUUUAGAGAUUCGCAAAUUGGAAACAGAAUGGAUUGCUUUAAAGGAUAAGAUUCGAGAAACACCAAUGGAAGUGGCACCAUCAUCAUCAGCGGGUUUAAAGAAAAGGAGUCAAAUUAAACUGAGUGGAUAUGGUUGGGACCAAUCUGAUAAAUAUGUUAAGAUAUUUGUAACACUUAAAGAUGUUCACACUCUGCCAAAGGAACAAGUUUACUGUAAACUGUCAGAGAAAUCUAUGGAACUGUAUAUUAAUGAUUUGGAUAAUAAGGAUUAUAGGCUGGUCAUCAACAAUUUGCUGUAUCCUAUUAUUGAAGCUGAUUCUCAUUGGAAACAAAAAACUGAUAUGGUUGCCAUAUUCCUCGCUAAAGCUGAUACAUCUAUCAAGUGGUCCCACAUGACAGAAAUAGAAAAGAAAUUCGAGGACAAACGCGCUAAUCGUUUUAAAACUGAACCAGAGGAUAUUGACAAAAAGGAUCCACAAGCAUCCAUUAUGAGUCUCAUGAAGAAUAUGUAUGAAACAGGUGAUGAUGAUAUGAAGCGAAUGAUUUCAAAGGCUUGGUAUGAAGGACAACACAAAAAGAAAAGUGAUACUCUCGACUUGUAA